AGAACUCUGCCCCUCCCUCUCUGCUUCCUCUCCAGUCUCCACUUCCACUCUUGUGGCUGAGCCCAUCUUGCAACAUCCCAGGGUCUGGUGUCCCUGUACUGCGCUGGCAGUGGGCGGGAGCUGAGGGGGAGAGUUCCCAGCAGCAGGCCGGGCUGCAGCUGCCGCAGACACUCACACAGCGGAGAGGGAGAGACCCGGGCUGCUGCUGCUGCUGCUGCCUACAUCCUUAUCCCACAGUGUAGGCUGUACAUCUAUAGAUACGACUUGUGGGGAUUCACAAAGCGAUCUGCCAAAGUCUGCUCUCGCAUUGGAUCCCCCGGCUGAAAUCGUCUUAUAACGUCUUCGGCACAGCAGGGUUUCAUCGCUUGCAUUUGGGGCCAGCAGCAAGUAGCAUGUUGGAGAGCAGCUGUAAGGUAGUAAAAGAAGGACUUCUGGAGAAGAGGAGUGAUGGCUUGCUGCAGCUGUGGAAGAAGAAGAGGUGCAUCCUAACCGAGGAAGGUCUUCUUCUCAUUCCACCCAAACAGCUGGAGCAGCCUCAGCAGCAAAGCUCCCCUGCUGAACCUGCAAGGAUCAAGGAGCUGCACUUCUCCAAUAUGAAAACGGUAGAUUGUGUGGAGAGGAAAGGCAAAUAUGUGUAUUUCACAGUGGUCAUGGCAGAGGGGAGGGAGAUUGAUUUUCGGUGUCCACAAGAGGAGGGCUGGAAUGCAGAGAUCACAUUGCAGAUGGUGCAAUAUAAAAACAGACAAGCCAUCCUAGCUGUCAAAUCAACAAGGCAAAAACAGCAGCACCUGGUCCAGCAACAUGGGCAUCGCAUCAGGAGCACUUCUAACUCAGCAUAGACAUAGCCUCAUCAGCAGCAGCAGCCUUCCCAUCUGAUUCCAGGUUGAAUAUGAGACGCACUUUACUGGGAACAAGAAGACUUUUUGUUCAACUCACCUACAACAUUCAAAAAAGUUGGAAUUGGCUGUGCUGGACUAUGGAUGUGUACUGCAGCUGGGCGACACAGAACAGACUGCAGUUAUUCAUGGACCAUGGAGAGUGCAUUGAGGAUUAAAAAGAUUUGAGGACUAGAUGUAAUCUAUUUAUUUCUUCCUUUCCCGCUACAGUAUGUGUCAAACAUGACGGCAUAAUGGCCGAUCAGAUCAAUGUAAUGUCUAAUCAGCUCCAUGUCUUGCUUAGUUUCUGAGUGCUGAAAGUGUUAAUGUAUUAUAACACUUCACCUGAGGGAGUCACAAGUUAUAAUUGUUUAGCAUUGGAUGGAGACACAGCUAUUUUCUGCUGAGAUCCACACAUCAUGUUAAACCGUAUGAAAUAUUUAUAUUUUUCACUGUUGAACAAACCUGAAAGACAGAAAAUGAAGCAUAAUACAAGCUGAGCAGAAGAUGAAAAUCAAACAAUUGGAUCUCUUGGUUUUGCUUGGACUGUUUGAUAUUUUUCAUCUGAUGUUUUCUGUCUUUGUGUUGUCAGAAAGAUUUGCAACUUUUAGCCACUGUCUUGUUUGCAUCCACAAUGCAGCAUCUAUUAGCUGAGAGAACGUUCCGGAUGAAUGCCCCUGAGUCACACACAGAUGUCUGUUCCUCCCCAGCUGGGGUAAAUUUCAUGUUUGGAAGCAAACAGCUUUUCCUUUGAAGUAGAAGUGGGAAGAUAGAGAAUGAAUGUGGGUUCAGAGAAGGAGGCGGGAAUUACUAAUUAUAAACUACUUGUAAUACCGUCCCAGUAUAUAUGACCUAACCAAGACAAGAUCAUAAAGAGGCCUGCUCCUUAAUUGUAUGGAGCCUUUUUAGUUUUUUGUAGAUAAUAAAUGCUAUAAUGAAAUAUGAUAAUGAUAUCAUAGGCAGUGUGCAGUCUAAGGUGGUACAAUGUGUCAAAUAUAAUGUAAUAUAGAUUCCACUAUAUUCUGUAAUUGCAACAGAUUUGUUGCGGAGUUACAUGAGAGCGUGAAAUCUGCGGUCAAUCCAACUAGGUGUGAGUUUGUGAAAGCGAGCUUGUUUCACGAAACCCGCAUACAGUACAUAGAACAAAUGCGUGCACCCGAGAAAUGCAAGAUCUCAUUAGAAACGCCAGUUCACGGUAGUCGCUGCAAGGUUGCACAACUUUUCUACAAAAUGCGACCUGUGAGUGCAUGAAAAAUUAGGGACACCAUCCUGAAUCCCUAAAAAGUGACAACUGAGAUAGCAGGACCAUGUGGCAAUAAGGAGAGUACUGUUUUUAAAAAAAAAAAUUGUGUCAAAUAGCUGAUUUUUGCUUUUUUUUUCAUCAUAUUAAAGACUUUCCAGCAUUUUGGGGAAUAGAAACAUGUCUAUAGUAAUUUUUCAGUGUUGUUAUACAAGUUUGUAAAACGUUGGAAUAAACACUUUUAGCUCCCAUCUGCAAGUUCAAAAAGUCCUCUCCCAUCAAUACAACACAUCAGUGUCCCACAUCAUUUAACCUGUUAUUGAACUUUUUAGAGAAAUUCACCUGAAACCCUCUAAGUGCUUGAUUAUUCGUUAGGAGGGGUGAACCAGAUGUUCUGCACUGUGUCCUGACAGUUUUACAGUGAAAUAAAGAUUUCCCCUACCUCUCCCCCUCUUCAGGAGGGAAGGGGGGGGGGGGGGUGCGCACAUAAGUCAAGAAUUUCCUUGGAAUUGGAUUGCAAAUUAAAUUUACAGUACGAGUCCACCAUGAGAACAGCUCUUAGGACCCUACUCGCACCUAAUAGGAUUAAGUCCUAUAUAUUUUUCUCAAAUCAUAUGGUAAACUUUAAUAUACAUCUUCAGUAUUGAGCACAUUUGCACCUAUUAAUGGGAGAUGUGGCUAAAUGUUUUUUGCAGUACCUUACGUUUCAUCACAUGAUCUUUGCAAUUUGGCAAAGUUACACAUCUUCUUGGCAAAUUUUACCACAGUUUUUCACACCAGGAAUAGAUGCAGACACAACUGGUUGUUCCAUCUUUGGACGCUUAAUCACAUACAUUUUCAUAAAUGUAUGUAGUAUACAGUAUGUGUUUUUCCAACAAUGUAAAUUAUUUGAAAUGUUACAUUAAAAUUAGGUAAUGAGUUAAUGCAGUGUUGUCCAAGUCUCAGCCACAUACUUGUAAAUACAGUACAUGUAUUUAGACUGGAGCUUCUUGAAACUUAGUGUACCAAUAAAAAAAAUCCAAAUUUGCAUUAAAGUGACACUAUCAUCUAAGCCACAGGUUCUCAAACUCGGUCCUCAGGACCCCACACGGUGCAUGUUUUGCAGGUCUCCUCACAGAAUCACAAGUGAAAUAAUUAGCUCCACCUGUGGACCUUUUAAAAUGUGUGAGUGAGUAAUUAAUACACCUGUGCACUUGCUGGGUUACCUGCAAAACAUGCACUGUGUGGGGUCCUGAGGACCGAGUUUGAGAACCACUGAUCUAAGCCAAUGGUUCCCAAACUGGGUACACAGGACCCCAGACAGUUCAUGUUUCCAGGUCACCUAGCUGGUGCCCAGGUGUAUUCAUUACUCACUGACACAUUAUAAAAUAUUACAUGUGGACCUAAUUAAGUCAAUUGUGAUUCUGUGAGGAGACCUGGAAAACAUGCACUGCUCUGAGACCCUAUCAGCACACUGAUUUGAGAACCUGUUAUAAUGUAUAGUUUAACUAUUUGAUUAGUCAUUGCUGUCGUUGUUUUAUAUUCUUUUAUUUCUCAUUAACUCUCGUCCACAAUAUAUAGUUCUAUCAUCAACAUCAUCAUCAAUAUUCUAUGUCAGUGGCUUAUAAAGAAUGGGAACAUUUUUUCCCUUUUACAACAUAGUGAGUCUGCUGUCAAAAUGCUGCAUGCAGCACUAUCACGGUGUUUAUAUACUAUGAUUUUUUUAUAUAACUGACUCUUUAUCAAAGACACUAUCUGAUUUUUACAUGUACUAAACACAAAAUAAGUAUUUUUCACGAUCGUGUCUAAACAUUUUGAUACUGUGCCAGUGUUUUGAUAUUUAUACUCAUUUUACACUGCUCUUGUAAAAUGUAUGUCAGCUGUAAAUAUUAGCUUUGAUGCAGUUCUUUAGUCAUAGCUACAUAGUCCCCAAAAUCCUCCUACAGCUACAUCUACUGCAAAAAAACAUUGCAAGCUGACUUACUCAGCAUCAAAUAUAUCAUCCAAUAAUGCUUCCUAUCUGUUACAUAGACUAAUAAAACUGCAUGCCAUUCUCCAUAUUUACCUGAAAAAAAGAUGUAUAUGUUUUUCUAGGAAAUUUAAUAAAUAAUUGUGAGAUUCUAUAAUUGAGGAGUAUUGUUGCAGACUUUCCAACCUCAUGGCACGAUUAUAGUUAUUAUGGAACACUAGUUACCAGGCCGUCAAAGUGACGGAACAACAUUAUAGUAAUGUCAGCACUGGCGGCUGUGUGCGCUCAAACGCGUCUCUUUAUGUGCAUUUCAGCUCGCCACCCCCGGGGGUAGCGAGCUGAAAUGAACUUGUCGAGCCCAUCGGCAGUAACAUUAGAAUACUGCCGGCGGGCGCAGCCGGGGAGGGGGGGACGACGACAUUUGAAUCCGGUCCUUGUAGUACCGGACCAGGUAGAGAGCUACAGGUUGAUCAGCUGUUAUGUAGAGAACCCAGAAUUCCUAAUUUUACUAUACAUGGUUGUGAAAUAUCAGAGCCACAAAGAGUUUGUGAGACCUACAGAAAGCACAAAGUGACAAGUGAACACUGAGCCAUUGAGAACGUUUGACUCUGUAAAGGGCAGAAUUUCUGGGCAGCACAUAUUUUCCAGUGACGUGUUCUGUGCUGGCUUGCUGCAGUGUUACUAAGAAUGUGUUCAUAGCAGUCUUUCAGUACUGAUGUCACCACAUAUGUACAGGAACGGUAUCGGACUAAAAACACAACUUUAUUUCUACGUCUAGAUAACUUCUGUCACUUGUCUCAGAUGGCAUACAUUCCCAGGUUUACUAAAAAUAGUGGCGAACAACAUUUUCAAACAAAUCCUAAAAUUGUUCAAGGUAGGAAUGCAAUGCAGCUACAGACAAUCAAUCUGAGAAUACAUUAACAUUUCAUUAACAACAAUAUGAUUUUCAAGCUUAUCUUCUAGCAUUGAAACAAACCAGUGUACAAUGCUUAGGGAAACAUUGUUCAUUAACAUAACUAGUGUUGGUGCCUUUAACAGGCCUGUACAAUACACUCUCAUUGUCUCAGCACUGUCACCUAAUUACAGAAUAAAAAUAAACAUAAGACACAUAAAUAGAAGUGCAAUCAGUCCCCAAAUUAUCCUGAUGAAAACUGUGUUCUGUAGUUAAUAAUAGAAAUUCACAUCUCUGGAUGCAGAGCUUAGAAGCACAAUACAAUCCUGUAGGUUGAAUGAUCAUAUAUAAAAUGUGAUUUUCAUGUGCAUUUUUUUUAUUCUGGUGCCUGUGUACAAUCAGAUAUCUUUACUGUGUGAUAUCCCCAUGCUGUUCUGUUUCUAUUCAUUCACAUUAUGCAAAUUAUGGUGACAUGCAAAUGAGGGUUUCUUAAAGCAGCAAUCAUCUACCAAAUGUUUCAUAAUGUCACCUACUGUGAAGAAGAAACAACGCUGUGUUGUCGCAUCCUGUGUGUAAAUAGUCCCCGUUAUUUCUGAGAGAUGUGAUUUAUUUUUUAAAAGACAUUCCAUUUCAAAUAAAGUACUGGUGGAAAUGA